AUGGGUAAGAUAUCAAACGCCGCAGCCACGCCGGAGACGACGAGAAAGAAGAAAGGCCGCCCGUCCAAGAACCGUCCCCCUCCAUCCACUCCUCUCAAACCCCCCGCUUCCAACCCCACCAGCCGCCGAUCCACCCGGCGGAACCCUAAUCAUCCCAAUUCGCCGCCGCCGCAGCCUGAAUUCGACGGCGGAGACGACGACGACGAGAGAAAGGAAAAGAAGGUCAAGCUCGUCGUUCGACUGCCUCAGUCGGAUGAGGGCGUUAGGGCCGAAGGGAAGAGGCAGCAGCAUUGCCGGGAAUUGGAUUCAGGUUCCGGAUCGGGUUCGGGUUCGGAGUCGGAGAUGGGGUUGGAGGAUCGAGAGGUGUGCGCGAAGAAGCGCAAGGUUGACGGCGCUGACAAUGGAUCUGACGACAGGGGUUCGGAUCAGGAAAAAGAGGUCGUGAAAGAGAUAGACAAUUAUGUACAAGGGUCACCCUUGGAAUCUGGUCCCGGAACUCCUUUGCCAGAAAAAAAGUUGUUGAUAUUCAUUCUUGACAGGCUCCAGAAAAAGGACACUUACGGUGUUUUCUCUGAGCCUGUGGAUCCAAAUGAGCUACCUGAUUAUUUUGAUAUAAUAGAGCAACCUAUGGAUUUUGGUACGGUGAGAAAGAAACUCGACAGUGGAGCUUACAAGAACUUGGAAGAGUUGGAGACCGAUGUGCUUUUGAUAUGUUCAAAUGCCAUGCAGUAUAAUUCUGCAGACACUGUCUACUAUCGCCAGGCACGAACUAUACAAGACCUUGCAAAGAGAGAUUUCGAUAAUCUUAGACAUGAAGGUGAGCCUAAGGUCAUACGGAGAGGGAGGCCACCCAACAGCAAGAAUCAGAAAAAGGCUGUUGAAACAUCCCCUGCUGAUCGUGUUGCCACUGAGCUUUCUUCGGGUGCAACUCUUGCUAAAGUAGAAGAUAAAGCAAAUGGGUCCAGUUCUUACAAUCUAAGGAAGGGACCCGCAUUAUUUAGGCUUAGGUCUGCAGAUCCAUAUGUGUCAUCUUAUGGUUCAAGAAAUGGUGAAAACCACUCUGAAUGGUCGAUUGACUGGAAUAAUGAAUUUCCAGCAUCAAUUUUGAGAGCUGACAUGAAAUAUGGGAAAAAACAUUUCACAGUGGAUGAAAACAAGCGUGACACCUACAGACGAUCUCUUUUGCUGUCUUCAGGCCACAAUCCGCUUGUUUUGGCAAAUUCUAGUGGAAAUAUGAAGCGAUUAGUGCCGGUAGGUCUCCAUGAAGCCCUUGCUUACUCAAGAAGCCUGGCUAGAUACGCAGCAAAUCUCGGUCCUGUUGCCUGGAAAAUUGCAUCGAGGAAGAUAGAAGCCGUUCUACCUGCCGGAGUACAAUACGGGCCCGGCUGGGUUGGUGAAAAAGAAGAAGUCCCGUCACGAACGUCGUCUUUUUCAGUGGACAACAAUAAUAAAUCGUUCAUUGCGAAUUCCAUAUCAGGCAAACCCAACGGCCCCUCAUGGGGACCUCAAAUUCCACCUCAGCAAAAUUUUAAGGUAAACGGUUUUAAUGGAAAUCCCAUUCCGCAAGGUUCCGGAAAGGUGAAAUCGGAGCUUGGGUGCGACUUGUCAUCGAGUCACUCGAUGUUGGUGAAUAAUGUCGUUAGGGAGCAAGCUAAGUUGGUGGGGGUUAGGAGUAAUAGCUUGCCACCUGGAUAUCAUAUGGACGAACAAGGUAAACCGUCUUCUCAUGAAAUCGUGCAACAAAGACAUGACAGUAACAAUAUAAAUAACACUAUUAACAGUAAAGUUUCGGGUGCGCCUCCUGAUCUGAAUGUGAGAGUCCCGGCAGGCUCGCCUAGUUCUGGUAGCUUACAAAUUGGUUCACCUCAACAGCCGGAUUUGGCAUUACAGCUCUGA